CCAUGGGCGCGCUGCGGCGGGCGGCGCUGGCGCUGGCGGCGCUGCUGGGUGUCUCCUUGGCCGUGCUGGAGGUGCAUGUGGGGACGAGCCUGGUGCUGUCCGUGGAGGGGCAGCAGGCGGUGCUGCCUGCCUGGUACACCAGCCACUCCCAGAACGAGCCCUACAUCACCUGGAUGCUGAACAAGAAUCCUGGUCCCUUCCAGAUCCUGUCAUACAUAGGCGGGGUGGUGAAGGUGGAAGAGACAGAUCUGAAGUCCCGCGUGGGGUUCCUGCACCCCAUCUUCACCCACAACAUCUCGGUGUUCAUCAAUGCCACCCGGGAGCAAGACUCGGGUCAGUACAUGUGCACCGUCAACGUGGUGGAUGACUCCAUCAAGUUGCACAAGAACAUCGGCCUCAUCAACCUCACCGUCCUGGUGCCACCGGCCGCCCCCACCUGCCAACUGCACGGCACCGCCGUCGUGGGGGCCAACGUGACCUUGAGCUGCUCCUCCAAGAAGGGGAAACCCUCGCCCAUGUACCAGUGGCAGCGCCAGCCGCCCACCCUGCAGGUCUUCUUUCCCCCUGCCCAGGACCGGGCCAAGGGCACCCUCAAGCUGACCAACCUCUCCCUGGAAAUGUCGGGGGUCUACGUCUGCAGGGCUGAAAACCAAGCAGGUUCUAAGAACUGCAGCAUUGUCCUGGAGGUACACUCAACAAGCACCAAAGCUGUGAUUGCCGGCGCCGUGCUGGGCUCCCUGGGUGCCCUUGCCACCAUCAUCUUCUUUGCCCAGAAGCUUGUUGGCUACAGGAGGAAAAAACGUGACAGCCAGGAGGAGGGAGCCAAUGAGAUCAAGGAAGACGCCGUGGCACCCAAAACCCCGUCGUGGGCAAGGAGGCCGGCCUCAGACACCAUGUCCAAAACCAGCACCCUGUCCUCCAUCGCCGGCACCCGGCAAGCCUACGGGGCCAGAGCCCCCUCCGACACCGCCUCCAUCCUCACCACCACCGGCAGCUACCGGGGACCCCCGCCCCGGGGAGGGGGGCGGCCCCCCAGCCUCUCACCCCCCGCCGUUAACGGGACCUCCCGGCGCCGCCAGGAUCCAGCCGCCGCUCCCGUGGGGCCGUUGCCCCCCUCCAGCCUGGCACGAGCAGGUGCCGUUCCAGUCAUGGUGCCAGCGCAGAGCCGAGCUGGCUCCUUGGUGUGAGCACCCCCCCAACAAAACAGGGGUGCCCAUAGCCAGCCCAUCCCACUCCCUGUUUCCUGGGGUGGUUUUUGUCCCUUUUUGGGUUUCUUUUUCUUUUUAACAGAUGCCUCGAGCAGCUGGACUCAUCGUGGGGGUGUUUAAUGGGUGCAGGGGCUCUCUGGGUUUGGAGGGACCGAGUCUCCCCAUGAAUAUCACCCCCAAACCAGCCCCAGCCCUGCCUCAGGGGGGUCCCCUUCUUAUUAUUUUUUUUUUUCUAUAUCUAUAUACCAGGUGAAAUGAGGGAUUUUUCAUAAAAGAGCAUUUUAAGUGGGGGGGUGGUGACAGGGACAUACACACACACACUUUUUUAGGGGAUUUCUGAUUAAAAGCUGCAGCGCUGCCCAG